AUGAGAAAUGAUCACACAGGACCCUUGGAUCCUGCAGGUCAUCCAGGGUUACCAGAUAGAACUUGUAACUCCUCCAGUGCAACAGUCAUUAUUUUCUUCAACACAAGAGACUGUGUUGGAGCAAGAGGUAAAAUAAUUGUUGAUGAACAGGCAAUUCAUCCAGUACAAUCCCCAAAGCCAGGAUUUAUAAGUUCUAUCUUUGUGGUGCCCAAGAAGGAUGGGGGGAAUCGUCCGGUAGUAAAUCUAAAACAACUGAACCAGUUUCUAGCCUACGAGCAUUUCAAGAUGGAGGGCAUCCACAUGUUAAGGGAUCUAUUAAAGAAGGGAGAUUUUCUCGUGAAAAUCGACCUCAAGGAUGCUUACCUGACAGUGCCAAUUUGGAAGAACCACCAAAAAUAUCUUCGGUUUCUUUGGAAGGACACCGUGCUGGAGUUUGCAUGCCUUCCUUUCGUUUGGCGACAGCGCCAAGGGUUUUUACCAAGCUCAUGAAGCCGGUAGUAGGGGCAUUGAGGCAAAGAGGUAUUCGCCUAAUUAUAUAUUUAGACGAUAUCCUAAUUAUGGCCGAAUCUCACGAUCUAGCAUUACAUCAUGCAGCCCCAACCCUGAAUCUCCUAGGGGCUAGGCUUCAUAGUAAAUUACCAGAAGUCACAACCAAGAGAUGGAAUUUCUAG